UCCACUUCGGCUGCCAUAACACAAUCCGCUCAGCUCGUGCAUGCACGCAGGCGGGCAGGCAUCCUCAGAGAGAUCUGCCGGGUAGUCCAUGAUCAUCAGGGGAAUCUGAGCGCAUUAUCCGAGAGCUCCUUGUUGUUUCUGUGUUAUUCUCCAAAGGACAUUAACAAGAGGAAGGAGGUGGAUCCGCGCAGGAGAGGACAGAUAUCGACACCAUCAGCCGCUGCGCCGUGUGAGGCGAGGUCACCGCAAAGUAGCACGGUUUCCGCCUUCCCCUCUGACUUGAUUCCAGCCCAAAGCCCUCUGGCACCGUCGACCUUUGCCACCUCUGCAUCCAGUAUGGUUAUCGAUAACAGAGAGAGGAUGUGAGUAGGAGAAGCGCCGAGGGUGGAAAAAACCCCCAAAUAAGUCACUCAGAGGCAGGAAGUGGGUCCACAUGACUGCUAUGGCCUGACAGGCCAACGGAUACCAGAUCACACCGGCUUUGCUUGGAAGUUGACAAUGGUGUUAUUUCUGGUUGGGAUCUCUAUUGCUGUGAAUAAUUCAUCUCAUGACAACCAGACUGCAGAGCACCCCACCCAUCAGGGUGCGCACGUGUUGCCCUCAACAUUGAUCAUCCUGCUGCUUAUCAUCGUUGUCCUGCUGACCAUCUACUGUCUGAGGUUCAAAAACCACAGGAAAGCUCUGGUUACCUCGGUCGAUAAAAAGCUUCCAAAUGGCUUCUUGGAGGAACAAGGAGAGCAGACAGUGGUCCUCCUCCCUAGAUCUCCCUCGCCAUCCAAGAGGUACUUCCCCAUCCCUCUGGACUCUCUGGAGGAGGAGUACCGGAUACGCUCGGCAGACGAUGGCAAGCUCUUCAGAGAGGAGUUCAAUUCGCUGCCCUGUUACUACCACCACGGGUCCUUUGAGGAGGCGAGCAGAGAGCACAACAGAGAGAAAAACAGAUACCCAAACAUUUUACCAUAUGAUCAUACGAGAGUGGUGUUAAAUCAUCUUGAUGGACACCUGUGUUCAGACUACAUCAAUGCAUCUUACAUAGACGGUUUUAAAGAGAAGGGUAAAUUCAUUGCAGCUCAAGGCCCAAAGCUUGAGACAGUGGCCGACUUCUGGCGGAUGGUCUGGGAACAGAAAACAGCGACUAUAGUAAUGCUGACGAAUCUAAAAGAAAGGAAGGAGGACAAAUGUUUUCAGUACUGGCCGGAGAAAGGCUGCUGGAUGUACGGGAAUGUCAGGGUGGCCAUGGAGGAUUUCACUGUUCUGGUGGACUACACCAUUAGAAAAUUUUGUGUUCAAUAUCAGGGCAGCGAUGGUCCCCGGGCUCCCCGUCUGGUCACCCAGCUCCACUUCACCGGCUGGCCAGACUUCGGGGUGCCGUUCUCACCUAUCGGCAUGCUGAAAUUCCUCAAGAAGGUCAAGGCUGUCAAUCCAUCCUACGCUGGACCCAUUGUUGUGCACUGCAGUGCCGGGGUUGGGAGGACUGGGACGUUCAUUGUCAUUGACAGCAUGAUCGACAUGAUGCACAUGGAACAGAGGUUGGAUGUCUUCGGCUUUGUGAGCAGAAUACGAGAGCAGCGUUGUCAACUCAUCCAGACAGAUAUGCAGUACUCCUUCAUCUACCAGGCUCUGUUGGAGUACUAUCUGUAUGGAGACACGGAGCUAGAUGUGUGCUCUCUGGAGGGCCAUCUGCAGAGGCUUCACAACACCAGGGCUCCCCACGACAGGCUGGGCCUGGAGGAGGAGUUCAGGAAGCUGACCAACGUGCGCAUAAUGAAGGAGAACAUGAGAACCGGCAACCUUCCUGCCAACAUGAAGAAGAACCGUGUGCUUCAGAUCAUUCCAUAUGAUUUCAACCGAGUAAUACUCUCAGUGAAAAGAGGACAGGAGUUCACUGACUACAUCAAUGCCUCCUUUAUUGAUGGCUACAGGCAGAAGGACUAUUUUAUCGCAACCCAGGGCCCCCUGUCUCACUCAGUGGAGGACUUCUGGAGGAUGGUGUGGGAGUGGAGGUGUCAUUCAAUCGUUAUGCUCACCGAGCUCAAAGAGAGGGAGCAGGAGAAGUGUUUCCAGUAUUGGCCAUCAGAGGGCAGUGUUACCUUUGGAGACUAUAGUGUGGAGUUGACUGGAAAUUCACAGUGUGAAACCUUCACUCUGAAAGACAUGGUGCUCACCUACAGACCAGAAAAGAAGUCUCAACACGUCCGACACUUCCACUUCCACGGAUGGCCUGAGAUCGGAAUUCCAGUCGAGGGAAGGGGGAUGAUUGACAUUAUUGCCGCUGUGCAGAGGCAGCAGCAGCAAUCUGGAAACCGUCCCAUAAUUGUUCACUGCAGUGCUGGUGCAGGUCGGACCGGCACCUUUAUCGCCCUCAGUAACAUUCUGGAGAGGGUGAAAGCUGAAGGCCUCCUGGACGUUUUUCAGACAGUCAAGAGUUUACGCAUGCAGAGACCACACAUGGUUCAGACUGUGGAGCAAUACGACUUCUGCUACAGAGUGGUACAGGAUUUUGUCGACAUCUUCUCAGACUACGCCAAUUUUAAAUAACACAGACCGCUCUGUUUACUUGUGUCAAAUGAACUUAUGCAUUUCUUGUCUGAAUGUUAUUUUCUAAAGCAAGCUCUUUUUACAUUUUGCACAUGAUUACAGAUCUUUAAAAAAAUGUUGUAACAUACUGUAAUAUAAGGGAAAACAUCUGUGCUCCAGGAGAGUCUGUCUCUAUCAGGAAAGUGUGAUCUUUGAGUAUCCCACUGUAAAAUAUAGACAUUAUGGCUUUGUCGGGUUUUUGAUCAUGUAAAAAAAAAAAAAAGUUUCAUGUUGCCAAUGUAGAGCAUUAUGGGGGAUAAUAAAAUAUUUAAAAAUCUUUAUUCUAGCUUUAUCUAUAUCAUGUAUAUAAUGUAAUACAUGUUGCUUACCAUCACUUCCAUGUUGUACAGUAAAUGCAUUGACUUUUAUUUUUGCUUGAAUUAGUCCCCGACCACAAUGCCUUUAGUUUUGGUCUUGUAUUUAUGCUGCCCACUCAACAUGUUUGAUUGCUAUGAGGAGAAUAUAUUGUGUUUUAUAAGUAGGUUAAAUGAUUAAUGUGUAGUCUGACACGUGUUGAUAAUAUGUAUGAUCUACUUGUGGCUCAAACUAAAAAUCACAGAACUCAAGAUACAUUUCAUUCUGCAAUACGCUGCAAAUGACUUCCCUUCUGUCUGUGAAUAACUUAACAGCUGCUGCCUGUUGCAAUUUCAUUCAACUUCAACAACUUUUCUUCUGUUGCCUGUGGCAAUAUUACUGAGGAGAUUGGCGCCUGACGCUGCAAAAUGCAAUUAGCCCACAUUGGAACAGGCAGAGAAUGAUGUAGUACCACAGGAACCCAAAUGUAUUGUUCUUACACAUGUUAAGCAGCCCAGCUUCACACCAUGCUUUAAAUAAAUACCAUUUUUAUACACGCUAACUUUACACUUGCAUGUUUGCAUAACGUAGUGCCAUACUGAUUAGAAAGACUCUUCUAAUCUUGACAAACUGGUCACCAAGUGACACAAUUUUAAUACAAAAAAGCCAGAUGUUUAUGUUGAAUUUAAUAUAAUAUACACAUUUUUUUAAGGAUAUUGUUUUUCCUGUUUGGAACAUGUUUGUACAAACACCCUUUCCAAUAAUAUAGGGUUAACAUAUGUACAACAAUUUGAGUUUAAAUAAGUGUAAGUGUGUAAAAGUGAUUGGUGAGGAAAAAGGCAGAAAUGCAAACGUUUUUUGUUUUAAUGAAAGAGUUGAAUGAAAGUGUUGCAGUUGGACCUUGUUCAUCCUGAGAAACUCAGAUGAAAAUGUUUGGAAUUGUUAUUUGAUAUCAAGAACCAGUGCUCAGCCAAAAUAUGAAAUAUGCAUGUAAAAGCAUACGGGCAUAUUUUGGCUGUGAUAGUCUUAGUUUCAUAUUUAAACAAGGAAAUUCAACAUUGCUGCGAAAUCAAAGCAUAUAUUUUUGCAAGGCUUCUGCAUAUUUCUUUUUAGAUCAGCAAGACUCGAGUUUGGGUGAAGAACUUUCUACUCUGUUUGUACUUCUAUUAUUACCAAGUCAUAACAAUUGGUUUAUACAUAACAUGCUGAUUGAUUGAUUCCUUUAUUGUACAUCAACUCUUGUGCUCAUUGAUUACACAAAGUGUCAUGCAUUGUUGACUCCAUUUUAAUGUGUUGUCAUGCUGAAAGAAGAAGAAUUAGGGGUGCUGACUUUGAGGCCUUUGCAGCUGAUGUAAAUGCACAAGCAUCUUGUUUCAAUGAUGUUUCUGCCUUUUCAAUCUGUACAGAUCUGAACUGCUGUUUGUUUGCUAAAAGCUGAUUCCAAUAAAUUAUAGAUGGAGAGAAAUGUCACAUUU